AUGACCCAUCGAGGGGCUGUGGGUUCUGAUGCCCGUGAUGGUGAUGGAGCAGGUGUUAUGACAUCCAUUCCUCACAAAUUCUUUGUAAAGGAGUUUACAGGAUCGUCGGGAUUUGUUCUACCCCCGCAGGGCCAAUAUGCCGUCGGGAACCUGUUCUUCAAACCAAGUGAGGAGGUUCUCAUCGAGAGCAAGAAUACUUUCAUCGAACUCGCAGAUUCGUUGGGUCUUCGGGUGUUAGGUUGGCGAGAAGUUCCACGCGAUAGUGCUCUUCUGGGUCCGGCGGCGUUGUCUCGUGAACCCACGAUACUUCAACCCUUUGUCGUCCUGAGGAGCCGAUACGGGGAAGGAGAAAAGCCCGAAAAUACAGACGCUGAGAGCUUUGACGAGAAAUAUUUCGAACGGCAACUCUUCAUUCUGCGCAAAGUUAGCACGAAAAAGAUCGGUUUACACAAUUGGUUCUAUAUUUGCUCUCUGAGCAAUAAAAAUAUUGUAUACAAAGGUCAAUUGGCACCUGUACAAGUUUAUACCUAUUACCAUGACUUGGUUAACGUCGAUUAUGCCGUCCACUUUGCCCUCGUCCACUCUCGUUUCUCCACAAACACCUUCCCCAGUUGGGACCGCGCCCAGCCCCUACGGUGGGUAGCUCACAAUGGUGAGAUUAACACGCUGCGUGGUAACAAAAAUUGGAUGCGAGCACGUGAAGGCCAGAUGAAAUCUGCUAAGUUUGGAGAAGAGCUGGAGCAGUUAUACCCCAUCAUCGAGGAGGGGGGGUCCGAUUCUGCGGCGUUUGAUAACGUUCUUGAGCUGCUUACUAUAAAUGGUGUCCUUUCCCUACCGGAGACCAUUAUGAUGAUGGUUCCCGAAGCCUGGCAAGAUAAUGCUCUGAUGGACCCCAAGAAAGUGGCCUUCUAUGAAUGGGCUGCCUGCUUGAUGGAGCCUUGGGACGGCCCAGCAUUGUUUACUUUCGCGGAUGGGAGAUACUGUGGUGCUACAUUGGAUCGUAACGGCUUAAGGCCAUGUAGAUUCUACGUAACGGAUGACGACCGCAUUAUUUGUGCAUCCGAAGUCGGCACUAUCUUGAUCGAUCCAGAGCACAUUAUCCAGAAGGGUAGAUUGAAGCCUGGGAGGAUGCUUUUAGUAGAUACUGUGGAAGGGCGGAUAGUUGAUGAUAAGGAGCUGAAGAUGGGGGUGUCUUCUCGGUUCGAUUUCACUUCAUGGGUCGAAGAACAAUUACUCACCAUUAAGAAAGUAUAUAACCAGUUGGAGAGUUCGGGUGUUCGCCUUGAACCUUCAUUGGACGAUAAUAGCUUGCAAAAUGACCCCCGUUUGCUUGCCUUUGGGUACUCAUUCGAGCAGGUCAGCCUGAUUCUAGGACCGAUGGCUGCAGACUCUAAGGAAGCGCUUGGUUCCAUGGGUAAUGAUGCCCCAUUGGCUUGUCUAGCAAAACAGCCCCGUCUUUUGUACGAGUAUUUCCGUCAGCUUUUUGCGCAGGUCACAAACCCACCCAUCGAUCCAAUCCGUGAGGCCAUUGUCAUGUCUCUUGAAUGCUAUGUUGGGCCCCAGGGCAAUGUCCUCGAGAUGGGUCCAUCCCAAUGCCAUCGUCUGCUUCUCCCUUCACCGGUCCUUUCACCGAACGAGUUUAAUGCGUUGACGAGUAUCCAACAAGUUAACAAUAGCUGGACUGUUCACACCAUCGACAUCACAUUCCCCAAGGAACAGGGGGUGCCAGGGUACAUUAACGCUCUUGACGAGGUGUGCAUGCAGGCGAGCAAGGCGAUUGAGAAAGGUGACAAAGUGCUCGUUCUUUCCGAUCGUAACACUUCUGCCGAUCGUGUGCCAUUAUCAGCGCUUCUUGCCUGUGGUGGUGUCCACCACCACCUUGUGCGAAAUAGAAUGCGUUCCAAAAUUGCCCUAGUCAUUGAGACCGCUGAGGCAAGGGAGGUGCAUCACCUUUGUGUGCUUUUAGGAUACGGCGCGGACGCUAUUUGCCCCUAUCUUGCCAUGGAGUGUAUCUUGAAGAUGAAUCGCGAAAAGCUGAUUAGGGGAGGUCUUUCCGAUGAGAAAGUUGUGGACAAUUUCAAGCAUUCCUGUGAUGGCGGUAUCCUCAAGGUCAUGAGUAAAAUGGGUAUCUCGACUUUGCAGAGUUAUAAGGGUGCUCAGAUUUUCGAGGCAUUGGGUGUUGAUGAUUCUGUUGUUGACAGGUGCUUUACCGGAACUGCGACGCGUAUCAAGGGAAUCACGCUAGAUUUUAUUGCGCAAGAUGCCUUUGCUCUCCACGAGACCGGAUAUCCAAGCCGUAAGAUCGUUUCUAUCCCUGGGCUUCCCGAGACGGGUGAAUACCAUUGGCGCGAUGGUGGUGAAUCCCACGUCAACGACCCAGUCAGUAUUGCAAACAUCCAAGAUGCUGUCCGAACGAAGAACGACAAGUCUUACGAAGCAUAUUCCCUCUCGGAGUACGAACAAAUAAAAAACUGUACUCUGCGUGGACUAUUGGAUUUUGAUUUCUCUAGUUCAAAGCCAAUUCCAAUAGACCAGGUCGAACCUUGGACCGAAAUAGUUCGCCGUUUCUGUACAGGUGCCAUGUCUUAUGGAUCCAUCUCUAUGGAAUCGCACUCUACGCUUGCUGUAGCUAUGAAUAGGCUAGGAGGGAAGUCAAACACCGGUGAAGGUGGCGAGGAUCCUGAGAGAAGUCAGAUAUUAGAAAACGGGGACACCAUGAGAUCCGCUAUCAAGCAAGUCGCUUCUGGACGUUUUGGUGUCACAUCUCACUACUUGGCCGACUCGGAUGAGCUCCAGAUCAAAAUGGCUCAGGGAGCAAAGCCGGGAGAAGGUGGGGAGCUUCCCGGGCAUAAGGUCUCGCAAUCUAUUGCUCGCACCCGGCAUUCAACCCCUGGCGUGGGUCUCAUCUCUCCGCCGCCUCACCACGACAUCUACUCUAUCGAAGACUUGAAGCAGCUCAUUUACGAUUUGAAAUGUGCUAAUCCUCGAUCAAGGGUUUCGGUGAAGCUUGUAUCUGAGACUGGUGUUGGAAUUGUUGCCUCCGGAGUAGCCAAAGCCAAGGCUGACCACAUUCUCAUUUCCGGGCAUGAUGGUGGUACCGGUGCAUCUCGCUGGACUGGUAUUAAAUAUGCCGGAUUGCCCUGGGAACUUGGCCUGGCUGAGACACAUCAAACUCUAGUCUUAAACGACUUGCGUGGUCGUGUCAUUGUGCAAACUGAUGGACAGCUGCGUACCGGACGUGAUGUUGCGAUUGCAUGUCUCCUUGGUGCAGAAGAGUGGGGUUUCGCGACAACACCCCUCAUCGCCAUGGGAUGUAUUAUGAUGAGAAAAUGCCAUUUGAACACUUGCCCUGUUGGUAUCGCCACCCAAGAUCCUGAGCUGCGAAAGAAGUUCACCGGUACCCCCGAGAACGUUAUUAAUUUCUUCUACUACGUUGCCAACGAGCUCCGCGCCAUCAUGGCAAGACUAGGUUUCAGAACCAUCAAUGAAAUGAUCGGUCGUUCGGAGAAACUUCUCGUAAGAAGAGAUCUUAUGACUGAGAAAACGAAUAACAUUGACUUGUCUCUGAUAUUAACGCCCGCUCAUACACUUCGCCCUGGUGUUGCUACAUAUAACGUCAGGAAACAGGAUCACCGUCUGCACGUACGACUCGACAAUAAAUUGAUUGACGAAUCGGAGUAUACCCUAGAGAAAGGUAUUCCCACUCGCAUCGAGUCCGAUAUAGUCAACACGGAUCGCGCACUUGGUGCCACACUUUCCUAUCGAAUCAGUCGAAAGAUGGGGGAGGCGGGUUUAGAGCCAGACUCUGUCCAUGUCAAUCUUAGAGGGUCAGCCGGUCAAUCGUUUGGAGCCUUCCUUGCUCCUGGGGUUACACUCGAACUCGAGGGUGAUGCCAACGACUAUGUUGGAAAAGGGUUAUCCGGUGGUCGCGUCGUCAUUUACCCUCCCAGAAACGCCACCUACAAAGCUGAGGAGAACAUUAUUGUCGGUAAUGUGUGUCUUUAUGGCGCUACUGCUGGUCAAUGUUUCUUUCGCGGCGUUGCUGCCGAGCGUUUCGCCGUCAGGAACUCGGGUGCAACUGCUGUCGUUGAGGGUGUUGGAGAUCACGGAUGUGAGUAUAUGACAGGAGGUCGGGUCAUCAUUUUGGGCGAGACCGGUCGUAACUUUGCAGCCGGAAUGUCUGGAGGUAUCGCUUAUGUUCUCGAUAUAAAGCAGAACUUUGCCUCUAAGGUCAACAUGGAAAUGGUUGAGCUCUCCGGCGUUGAAGAUGCUCAUGAAAUCUCCUGGGUUAGAGGCCUUGUCGAAGACCAUUACCAAUUCACCGGCUCCGAACUAGCCAAACGGAUCCUCCUUGAUUACCGCAGGGCUCUUCCUAGAUUCAGUUCUGGAAGAGGAAGCACGAAAAUCGAAGGUCUCCCAAUACCCAUUAGGUCUACUUCCCGGCAACCCGGAGGAGGUAGACAAGCACAAGCAUGUGGCUGCUAUGACUGA